AUGGCAGAGUAUUCCACCAUCAAGCCCCUCGUGCUGUACGACAUCCCAAGCAACGAGAGCUCACCAAGAUGCUGGGGUCCCAACACCGCCAAAACACGUUUUAACCUCAGCUAUAAACGGAUUCCAUUCACCACUCAGUGGGUUGAAUAUCCCUCUAUCGCACCAACAAUGGAGUCUCUAGGCGCCGAUCCACUCCUCCCUGUCGCUCAGAGCCCAAGCGACGAACCAUCCUACACUCUCCCCGUCAUCUACGACCCAAAUCACGACAAAUACGUCACCGAUUCCUUCGCGAUCGCGCAGUACCUCGACAGCGUCUACCCCACGCCCGGACGCGAGCUCUUCCCAGAGGGCACCGCGGCGCUGCAGCGCGCGUGGGAGGCCGCGUUCACGGGUGCGCUGCAGAAGGGGCUGCGCGCCGUGUACGCGGGCGUGCCCGCGAAGCUGAAUCCGCCGAGCGGCGAGUACUUUGCGCGCACGCGCGCGAAGCGGUUCGGCGUGAACACCUGGGAGGAGAUAUCGUCGAAUGCCCUCGAUGCAUCGGAUCCGAGUAGCCGGGCGGCGCAUUUGAGGGAGCUGCAGGCGGGUCUCGCAGGGGUAGAAGGGUGGCUUAAGGUGAGUAGCGGUGGAGGGAAGUGGGUGAUGGGUGAUCAUCUCUCUUGGGCGGAUGUCUUCUUGGGAGCAUGGUUACUUUGGUUCUCGCGAGUUGCGGAAGACUGGGAGGAGAUCAAGGGAUGGCAUGGCGGCCGAUGGGGCCGGUUCUUCGAUGACAUUUUGGCAGAGUCUGACGUGAAGUUGGAUUGA